CAGGAAACUAGUGGUCUCUGCUUGGUAACCGCUAAGCCAGUUCCCCUUAGAAAGCAAUCGGGUUUUAAUCCUAAUGGUUCUGAUAGUCAUUUUUAGCAGGGAAGACAAGUAAUGGAAGUCUAUGUCAUCUAAAAUCUUGUCAGUGCCACAGACUUGUGUUGUAUUAGCCUCAUAGCUCCAGUGCAACACUAAAGAAGCAGACUUCAGACACCAAGCAUGUCUUGGCUGAUCAGCUGAGUUUGGGGUAAGGGGAAAAUUGUGUAAAGUGGGUUUCGCAGUGAACCUUAGCUUUAAACACCCCCCAGCCUGACACCAUUCAUCUUUAGCCCAGUGGUCUAACCCAAGCAUCUUUCUAUCUCUUUAGCACAGUUUCGUUAAAUCACACUAUUUAUAAGACAUGUAAAUCAUUGUUUUGAGCCCUCAGGCGACUUUGGGCCUAAUUUUCAUUCAUUUUAGGCCCUCAUGGCUGCUUUUCUAUACAUACGCUCUAUAUUACAGACCUAACUGAGGAAAUCCUGGUCAUAAAAAGUCCUACAGCGCCCUCUAACGUUCAGUGGAGUCUAUUGCUAUGAGCUGUUCAAAGAACCUAAUUCACAAUCAGCUGAGGUUCAUCAACCGUCGAGCACGGUUCAGCCUACAGUCACAGUCAGCGUUUGGGUGCUUGAGUUUGUCUCAUUUUUCAAAUAAAACACUUUCUUAACCAGAGCCUGAGGGGGCUGUCUGAAAUGACCACCUGUGUCGAUGAAGAUGUUUCCAUAGCUUCGGUCAGCCUGUCAGAGUUAACCAGCUCUUCAUCGAUUUCUGACAGAGUCUGUGUUCACUGGGGAUGUGAGCUCAGUGCUGCCCAGAGCACGGCUGUGUUUGAGGUAGAGGACGAUCUUCUGGAGAACCAGUUCUUCAUCAAAACAAUAUGCCUGAGCGCGGAGGCGGGCGACGAGAUGCAUGUAGUAGCCGUAUCUGACGGCGUCGGCGGCUCCAAGCCCAUACCGAUUGCCACCCUGCGUCACUGUAUGCCCAUGGUCAGUUUCCCUGGCUUGGAGCUCAUGCCUCCUGUUACCUUCCAGCUUUGUUCAGGCAAAGGACCAGUAUUCAUCUCAGGUCAACACAUCACACUGAAUCCUACUGAAAUCACAGAGGAAGAGGAGGAAGGGGAUCUCAGAGCUGACAUCCUGAAAGAAUGAAACACGCCGGAUCCUCCACCCCAUCAUCUGUGGUCACUAUUGAUGAAUCUGACAGGCCACGUACACUGACUUAAUGAAUGACUGACUUGGCUUUGUUUUGUUUAUUUACCUGAUUGGAUUUGUGGGUUUGGAGAUUAUAUUUAUGUGAUGGUUUACUUAAAUUAUUGUGCCUGUAUGAAUGUGGUUGAAUACAGUAUCCCAGUGAGCAGAAUUUGUCCAGAUAGAUGUAUUUGUUUAGACUUCAAGGGGAAGAUCAGAUGCACAAAAUAUGUCAGGGGGAAA